CUUUUUUCGCUCCUCGAAUUUCGCUAUUAUUAUUAUCUAUUACUCUGUGUGUGUGUGGGUGUCGCUAGCUAGGGCUUGCUUUCCUGUUUGUAACCCUAAUCUGAUUCGAUCAGAUAUGGCUGCCCCUCACUGACCGCUCUCUGCAGACUGUGCUUAGAAUUCAUCAUGUUCAACGCAGUUCUCCGUGCGCGGCGCGUUUGUGCUUUGAAAACUUCUGCAGCCUGCAGAGACCAAAGCACACAUUUUAAGCGCGCUCUACUAAAAUAUUAUUCGCACCAGUAUCUUCCUAACUAGGGAUUAAGUUAUGCGAUGCGCAUGGCCUAAGGGAGGCUCGGCCACUUCCGCUGCGAACCGAACCGGUGUCGUGCAGCCGCUGGUCGCGGUGGAGAAAAAGAACCAACCAACCUAAAAACUAUUUUGGGUGUGAUGGAGAGCCAACGAGGUGGCAAUUGACAGUUCAUCAAAAUAAUCAUCAUCACCAAGAAAUAAAAUAGCGUUGGAAAUUCAGCAAGGAUGGAUGGAUGGAUGGAUGGAUGGAUGUCCACAGGCGGCUUAGACUAAACCGGAGCGGGGGACCACAUCCAUCGCAUUCCAGUUCAUCUGAUGUGGAAUUAUUGUUAUUGAGGAGGGAAAAAAGGGAAAUAUCAGCGAUUUUGACCAGGCUAGGGGCUAGGGCUGGCUGUCCGAUUUUGAUUCUGGUCGGCUGACCCUUCUCUUCUGCAACCGUUCACCACCCUCAUCUGAAAUACGUAUGCAAGGGCGUGGGCAAGGCAGGCUAUAGGAGAUUAAUCUGCUACACCAUCACCGACGCGCUGGUGGCUAGCUUUUGUUCGUGAAGACAUGGAUGGGAUGGGGCUUCCAUCCUGGAAUCAUUGACUAUUGAUGUUCUGUCGAUUCAUUCAUUGAUUCAUUUAAUUGAGACGUCGGAUGAGUUUACGUCCUCAUCCUCUCUUGGCGUGUUUUCACUUAAAUUACCCCGCCAUGGUAUCUGUGUUUCGUCUUCGCAUGACCUCUUGGAGUGGUUUCGAUCCGCUAUGGAGGGGAGGGGUUGAUAUUGCGUCAUAGUUCACUAACUACACAGUAGUUACGAAAUCUAUGCUCUUUGAUUAGCAGGUUGAUGAUCUGUAAGAUUCUGGACAACCAGUUCCGCUUUUAUUACUUUUGGUUACUUAGCAUGAUUAUUUCUAGUGGUAGCUAGACAGUUUUCUCUCGUUUUCAAAGGCUGGUUGUCGUUUUCGGAAAGAAAAUGAAAAAAAGAAAGGUACAUGUACAUGUACAAACAAGGUAUGGAAGCAACUCUACUAUCCCUCAGCUAUGAUCAAGCUUUGCAUGGUACUACAUGAAUUGUUUACUAAUGUCUAACUACAUGUAUUUAUAUCCCAUCUAAAAUUCCCAUUGACUUCCUCAAUCACUCUCACUCCCCAUUCAAAAUAACCCAUGCUUAUCAUACUACGUAUGGAGUGCCAAACGUCGUGUUGUAAUUAACUGCUCUUCCCCGGUGGCCUGGAAACCUAUCGUGUCUCCCUAGUUCCUCAUCACGGAGGUCGGUCGAGCGGUAAGAGGUAUCCCGACUCUUCGAAGUUGUUGCACGCGGACGGAGGGCGGAGUUAAGAUAUAUCAUCAUGCCUGCCGAUAAACCUGCCCGUCGAUACAUCUUUGAUAUCGAUAUUUGCCGUGGAAUGGCGCAAGGUGUGUCGCGUGCUGAUACCAGUUCACUUAAACAUUAUCAGACAAUGUCCGGUGAGAUGGAAACUUGUGUCCGAAGAGGGUUCGACAGACCUUGCCUGGAGGCUGGGUGUCUCCAUGUGCGGAAAAGCCUACUCGAAACCACAUCCAUGCACCACGGCAUCGCCAUAUCUAUUGAUCACAAUAACCCUAUAAAAUUAAAGAAUACGAGAAUAAUAUGAAUUCGUCCAUAUCCCACGCGUUCACGAUACUGAGGCUGUUGGAUUUUACUGCACUUUCACCUGGGCCUGCUUCCAGAAAAGCCAAAUAGCCGAUAUGGCUAAUUUGCACCCCGCGACAAUCCACAGAGCGGGCGAAAUCCUCCCUGUGCUUUUGGCAAGGAAACCUCCAACGACUGCACCCCCAACAACGCCAAUGAUGGAGGUAAUGCGCUGGUUGCGCGCUUUGUUCGUGGUCAAUGGCUUCAAGAUCCCUGGCUCAGACCCCAGGUCAUAGUAAACGCUUGUCAAGACUGUUGUUGGGAGCUCGGGGAAGGCCAGUAGCCUGCUUACUGCCAUUUGGCCCGCGGAUUGGAAGGCGAGUAAGGCUAUUGGGAUAAGUUUAAGGAAAGCAUCGUUGUCAGUAGCCACGCCAGAAUCUUCGAUUGCACCUGACUGCAACAGGGCUGCUGCAACGCUGACGAGGAGAGUCUGAGAGCCGAAAUUGACGAGUAGAGUACGUCUGGUUUGGUGUCCAAAGUAUCGGGUUUUGGGAAAUACUACACUUCCCAAGAAGAAAGAGAAAAUUGAAACUAAGCCCUUAAGCCAAUGGUAUGUCGUUUGAUCGAGGGUGUCGGAUGCUCCCAAUCCCAUGAAGACGGUGUUUCCUGAGAGUUAUGGUGAUGUCAACAUUGGAAACGACUCGUUUUCUAUAAAAUCCAACAUAACAAACAUAUGUGGAUAGUAAAAAAAAAAAGGACUUACCCGUCUGCAUGCUAACAAAGCAACCCCAGGCUUUGUAGGCAGAGCUGUCGCUAAGACCUGAUAGGAAAUAGCAGACUAGAAAUAUUAGAUUUGCAUGUUCCGUAUUGAUGUCCUGAGCUAAAUAGCGCAGGAUCGACGGUCUCGAAUCUGUAUCGACAUGUAGUGGUUGCGGGUUUGCUUCCACAUCUCUGAGCUCUUCACCAUUUGCAGCCUGAGACAAGGUUUCUGAGUGUGGAUUGCCUGCCAUUGUGAUAUGUGUGUUAUGUUCGGUUAUACAACACGACACGACUAUCCUGAGGUCCUCCCAGCAACCCAAUUUGAAAAGGGCUAAAGGUCUACCCGAUAAUUAUUUUGUGUAUAGGCAGGCCCCUGUGUGUUUGACCAGGGGAGCAAGGUUAGGGGAAUCUGAUCUUGGAAAAGCGCAGAACGGUUAUUUCUCGCAAUGUCCCAUCUGUUGAGCAGAGUCUAUACACUAUGUCUGUGCCUCCUUUCUGUCCAUUUCUGAUAUUUUGGAUGCUGCUGUUGUCUCUCUGUGCGGAAGGAAGAGGGAAGCGACUGUGGAACAAAAAAGGGGUUUGAUAUCAUGUGACCGUGACCACCCCCUUUUUUUUGGAGGGGGGGAGAGACGACAUCCAGCAACCCUAAUGCCUUCAGCGCUCACUCAUAUGACUGGGUAGGAUUGAUAACAACCAGCGUGACAUUCGUAUAGUCAAGGGGUGACAUGGAUUGCUGAAAAAAAUAACCAAAAUCGUGCUUGCUUCUUGGUGCAGGUCUUUCGCGUCCGUCCAAACGAACUCAAGGCCCUCCCUCAACCGCUUAAAGGCACUGGAACAACCAACUAAACGCUAUUAUUUAUAUACGGAUAUACGUCCUGUGUUGAAGGAGUCGCCCCUAAAUACCCUGCGUUGUGAAGCGGGUUUCAUGUUGGAGUUAUUCAUAGUAUUGGAAGAAACUGUUGAGUCCAGGUCAGCCAACUUUUCCUGUGAGAGACCGAGCUCCUUAAGCACAUCGUCCGUAUGCUCUCCUAAAAGCGGAGGGUUGCUCCGAACGGAAGCUUCAGUGUUGCUAAACUUAACAGGAAAGCCUAUUUUAUAUUCCAUUUUAGUAAUUAAUCUCAAAAUUACGGCGAACGAUUAGGCUUGGGGGAACAUAACACUUACCUACGACCUUGAAAAUCCCAUCGACAGCAGCAUCGAAAUCGAUAGAUUUGACCAUUUCUCUAGCGUGAGUUUGAGUGUGGGUAAAUACCCUCUCUAGGCUGUUAAUUGGACCAUACGGUAUCCCGCUGUUCUCAUAGACGUCGAGCCAUUCGUCUGUCGUUUUGGUUUUGAACAAGUCGUACAAGAUGUUGUUCAGCUCACUUCGAUUUCUCACCCUUGAAUCGUUCGUCAGAAAUCUCUCGUCGGUUGCCAAAUCAGGCCUUCCCAUGCGCUCUGCGAGAACUCCGAAUUGUCUAUUAUUGGUUGCUCCAAGGACAAGGUAGGAAUCCUUGGUUUUAAAACCUUCGUAUGGAACGAUGCUCGGGUGAGCCGUCCCCCAUCGUUGUGCUUCUUGUCCCAUGUUUAGCCAACUGCUUGCAACAUUGAUUAGCAGUGAUAGCUGCGUUUCGAAGAGGGAUCCGUCUAGCUUUUGGCCUUUCCCAGUUCGAUGCCUAGCCUGCAACGCCGCCAUUAUUGCUCCGUGCAUAUACAAGCCCGUACACAGGUCUGUCAAGCCGAUUCCGGGUUUUGUAGGUGGGCCAUCUGCUUCACCAGUUAUAUGAAGGAGACCACCUUCUGCUGCUGCAAUUAUAUCGUAACCAGCGCGUUGGGCAUAUGGUCCUGCGGCACCAUACCCUAUGACACUGUCAAAUCGCUAGCCCAGAUAGCUUUGGAAGCAUCACGUACCCGAAAUACUGGCGUGGAUGACGGCAGGGUUUAUUUUCGAGAGAACAUCGUAGCCAAUGCCGAGCUCGUCCAUUUUUCCUGGGACGAAAUUUUCGACGCUUUAGAAUAUCAGCGCCGUUUCAGUCAUGGAUGGAUAUAGUCUAGGACCUACACUACGUCUAAAACUUUAACCAGAUCGAGGAGAAUCUCCCUGCCCUUUUGGCUCUUCAGGUUCAAGGCAACGGAACGUUUAUUCCGAUUUACACACGCGAAGUAACAGGAUAUUGCAUCCGUUUGCCACUUUUCGCCCUCUCCCUCUGUCCUCCAGUAUCUCGUGUCAUCCUUAUUUACAUCCCGCAAUUAGCUCAUAUUCAUAAUAUUUUCCAAACUCAAACACCAAACGACGAUUUAUACUCACACCUUUUCCAGGCUGCUCGACUUUAAUUACGUCUGCGCCAUAAUCUGCCAAUAUCUGCGUGCAAAACGGGCCCUAGGUUUAUUUUCCAAAAUGGAAAUAACUUAUUUUAAAUCCAUGCAGCGCCCCGAAAGAAUCACCCUUCCCUCCGUCGGGUGAGGUAGUCGAAGAGUAGAACUUCUGUGGAAGAUAUGGAGCCUGCUGAUACCUCGAGACAUUUGCCCUAUGAGUUAAACCCUUCCGUGCAAGAGUAAAUCUUAGGCUUGUCCUUUGCGAAUGAAAAAACCCCAUAGCCUUGAGCGCAAAUGUGAGCAGAUUCGAUUUUUUCAAAAUCCCUUAACCACUUAUAACAAUACUACUAUUAUAUUUAUGAUUGUUCGUUUUGAUGCACAGCAUCGAUUUUGACCCCAUCAUGAGCUUCGGUUCGGCAAUAUGCCAGUAAAACCUUCGGCAAAUCGGCAUUUGGGCAACCCCAGACCAACUUUCCCCGCGUUCGGUAACUAAGUCUUCCUGGCCGAACAAACUCUGGGGCCACUGCCGGCUCGGCAUUCCAAAAAAAAAAAGGUAGUUACAGCAUAUGCGCACCCGGAAGCAAAGAUGGUAUAGACUUCUCCACACCGAUAAAGAGGUGGUAAACACCGCUGCUGAAUUAAACACAGGCUCGAGUUGUCAUCUACAGCUUCACCUCUUCACCCACACUAUGUCUUUUCUCCCCCCUGCAAUCCGACAGGGACUGAUAUCAACGAGAUGCCUACGCGGCCCGAAAUACAUAUGUCCCCGUCUUUCGCAGCGUAUCGGACAUAGAUCCCUCCAUGCCAAAGCAACAGAAUACCUCCAGGCGCACGACCCCGACUGGACCGAGUCACAACGCACAAUCCGCGAAUCGAUAGCAAAAGUAUGCUCUAAAUUCCCCGAUGAGUACUGGCUAAAUGCCGAGGAGACGAAGCGCUAUCCACUCGAUUUCCAAGCUGCUCUGGCCAAAGAUGGCUGGCUGGGUGUCUGCAUGCCCACAGAAUUUGGCGGAUCCCAGUUGGGUAUCUCAGAAGCUGCCGUGAUGAUGCAGACCAUAUCCGAGUCCGGCGCAGGCAUGUCUGGCGCGUCAUCGGUGCAUAUGAAUAUUUUUGGUUUAGAGCCGGUUGUGAGGUUUGGUAAUGCAGAGCAAAAGCAGCGGUUCUUGAUACCGCUAAUCCAGGGCCGUGAGCGCGCCUGCUUUGCCGUUACGGAGCCUAAUACCGGGCUUGACACACUAAAACUACGGUCAAUGGCUACGCGAGAUGGUGACCACUACAUCCUCAGGGGCUCGAAGAUCUGGAUUUCUACCGCGCAACACGCGGAAAAGAUCUUAAUCCUCGUCAGGACCACCCAGUUGGACAAAGUUACAAAGCCAUCGCAGGGCCUCUCACUCUUCUACACGGAUCUCGAUAGGUCGCAGGUCGACGUUUCCGAGAUCCCCAAAAUGGGCCGUGCCGCCGUCGACACCAACACCCUCUUUUUCGAAAAUUGGAAAGUUCCCGCUGCUGAUAUGAUUGGCGAGGAAAACAACGGCUUCAAAAUGAUGAUGCACGGCAUGAAUGCCGAGCGCAUAUUGAUUGCCGCGGAGGCUCUAGGACUAGGCUACGCAGCCCUACGUCGGGCGGCUAUAUACGCGAACGAGAGACAGGUGUUUGGUCGCUCAAUUGGGCAAAACCAGGGCAUCCAGCACCCGCUGGCUGAUUCGUGGAUGAACCUGGAAGCUGCGCGGCUGAUGGUCUACCAGGCUGCUAGGAUGUAUGAUGCAGGAUACACAUCGGGCGAGUAUGCAAAUGCGGCCAAAUACUUGGCUGCUGAGGCGGCUUUUAGGGCGUGCGAGAGGGCAGUGAUGUCCCAUGGCGGUAUGGGAUAUGCGAGGGAGUAUCACGUCGAGAGAUACCUGAGGGAGGCUUUUAUUCCGCGCAUUGCCCCUGUUAGUCCUGAGAUGAUUUGUAAUUAUAUUGGGGAGAGGGUGCUUGGGCUGCCGAAGUCGUAUUGAUGUGGUUGGGUGGUUAGGUAGGUGGUACAGCAUGGAUGUCAACAUUUCGAUUUCAGCGGAAGGAAAACAAGACUGCGGAAUAUUCCUCCGUGAGAAGUUAAACUCGUACAUAUAAUCGAAACCCCCUAAUGGAUUGAUAUUUUACCUGUACUGUAGUAUGUGCCGUACCUUUCUAAGAGAAGCAUGCAGCUGGGCUCCAGAUAACUUAGAAACCAUCAAUAUUAAAUCUGCCCCUUGUGGAAUAUAUAGGGCAAUCAAUCGUUCAAUCCAUUAAGCUCACACAAUCACUCGAUUAACCCUUUUAUCACAACCUCCACACUUUCCUCCUUCAAACCAAGUCUAUCAUUCCACAAAAACUUGCGAAAAUCGCAGCAUGCGUCCUGGGAAUAGUAGGCUACCCGAAUCAAGUACCAGAUAACACUUAGCCCACCCCCUUCCAUUCAAGCUUCUCGUUCGCCUCGGAUAGUGUCUGCUUGAGAUCAAUCUUUCGUACAUUCCAUUUGCUCCCCGUGGCUUUCUCCAGCACGGUAACCAUUUCG